AUGCACAAGUCCAUUCUCCUUUUAAUGCCACGAGCUGCUGCAAAGACAUUCACCAAGGGCGCACACGCCUCACGCGGACCCUCACAGGCAUUCUAUGCCGUCCACAUUGGAAAGACCAAGGGCAUUUACUUCACAUGGCCAGAGUGCGAGAAGCAGGUCAAAGGAGUGAUUGGCGCAAAGUUCAAAAAGUUCCCCACCCUCCCAGAAGCAGAGGAGUUUGUCAAGAAUGGACCCAAAGUCUACACCAAACCGCCACCAAAGUCCGCCGCUUCUACCUCGAAAACAUCAAGCACCACCACUGCCACAACAACCACAGUAUCACCGUCAUCAUCGUCAGCAAUAGCCGGCAGCGCUUCGGGGGUAAAGUCGAGUUUCACUCGGAUCAAUGGAAUCACGGUGCCUUCAGGAUCAGAUACGCUUGUCAUUUACACUGAUGGAAGUGCUCGUGGAAAUGGCAAGGUUGGAUCCCAAGCUGGACUGGGCGUCUUUUUUGGAGUGAACGAUCCUCGUAACCUGAGUGAGAGACUUCAGGGUGAGCAGACCAACCAGAGGGCCGAGAUCAUGGCCGUUUACCGCGCUCUUCAAGUAUGUGGAAGCGACACAAUACCGGUGGAGAUCCGGUCAGACAGCCAGUACACCAUCAACAUUGUGACACAGUGGGGCGCGAACUGGAUGAAAAACGGCUGGAAGAGGAGCGAUGGCGGAAAUGUGUUGCAUCGGGAUAUCAUCGAGCCACUUCUGAUGAUGAUCAAGAACCGGCCAGGACCUAUCAAGUGGACUCAUGUCAGAGCACACAUUGGAACAUUUGGAAACGAGAUGGCGGACAAGCUUGCGAAUGCAGGGGCUAUCCUCCCCCUCCCAUAA